AUGGAUCGAGACCAAAUCAAAGUCUUAGCCACAGGCUCGGCGAAUGGUAUGAUUGAAGAAUUGUUCACGGGAAUAACGAAGAUUAAUGGAAAAUACGGUCCUUUUGAUAUGCUGUUGUGUGUUGGUGACUUGUUUGGGGACGCUGACGAAGAUGUAGUUAACGCUGUUUUGUCCGGAAGCAUUCACGUUCCAAUAAUGACGUAUUUCAUGCACGGAAGAUACCCUCUACCAACUGCAAUCAAAAAACGGAUUGACGAUAACCAUGGAGAAAGCUAUGCCGAAAUUCUCUUUGAUUCUACCUCCAACUCUUACUCCCUCCUCAUAAUCGACACAAAAGGUGCCCACGGUAUAAUGACGACAAUCAACAACGUAACAGUUGCCUUUACCAGCGGCAUUCUAGCUUCCCCUGCGCCCGCUCUUCCCACAGACGUCGAUAUUCUCCUGACGCAUGAAUGGCCAAAGGACAUACAACUUCUAUCCUCACAUAAGAUUCCGCAAAACAUUGUUGGAUCAAAAUUUGUGGCUGAUCUGGCGAUGUACGUACGACCGAGAUAUCAUAUUGCUGCCUCAGAAGGAAUAUUUCUACAACGAGAGCCAUAUAAAAAUAUUGGAGCGGAAGAAGAAAAGAGGGUAUUACAAUUAUUGCACGAUGACAAAAAAGAUUUAAGGGAGAAGCAGAGUGGAGAUGAAGGAAUGAAGACGAGGCGAAGAUUUGACCAUGCUACAUGGUUUGUUGGAUUAGCAGAAGUCAGGAAUACACACAAGGAAAAGUGGUACUAUGGUUUCAAUUUAGUUCCACUGUCGCAAUUGGAUUCAUCUGCAGAUAUAUUACGGCAUCCACCAAAUACAACAGAGUGCCCGUAUCUUUUAAAACAAUCCGAGACGCCUGCAACUGGAAAGAAGAGAGAUGGUGGCCGUGAGGAAGGUGGACCGGGAAAUUAUUUGUGGAGUAAUGAUAUGCAGGCGAAAGAGUUUGAUAACAAGCGAAGAAAGAAAACCCUGCCGCCAGAGAAUUAUGUAUGUAAUAUAUGCAAAACUCCAGGUCAUUGGAUAAAAGAAUGUCCAGAAAGCAAGUCAAUCAAAGUCCCCGGUCCUGAAUAUACUUGCAAAGCAUGCGGAGAAAAAGGGCAUUAUCUUUCUGAUUGUAAAAACAGGAAAAUCACUGCCAAAAGAGAUACCAGCGCUUGUUGGUUUUGCCUAUCGAACCCGAGAACUGCCAAACAGUUAAUUGUCACUGUUGCAUCAGAGAUUUAUUUAACGUUAGCUAAAGGUAGUCUUAUAGAUACGACGGACAGUUCAAUGUCACUAGUACCAGGGGGUGGUCAUGGACUUCUCAUCUCAAUUGCUCAUCAUGGAACUUUCCGAGAAGCUCCACUAGAAAUUCAAGUAAACCUCUUAAACGAAUUAGAAAAAUUUAAAUCUGGUAUCCGACGCAUGUAUGAACACUACGGCGCUGGAAUGGUCGCAUUUGAGCUUUCCAAGCCUGGUUCGCAUCAACAUGCGCAUAUGCAGGUGGUACCAAUACCAUCAAAAUACGACUCGAAUAAAGUACGAAUGGCAUUUAUAAAUGAAGCCGAAUCAUCCGGGUGGACAUUCAAACAGCUGCCGUCCGUUCUCCCGCAGUCGUUUUUUAAAGUUGAUUUGCCGGACGGAUCGUCUUUAUUCUAUGAAUUGAAACAGAAUGAGAUCUUUGAUGCACAAUUUGGACGGAAGGUGCUCGCACAUUUGCUUGGCGCCCCGGAGCGUGCUGAUUGGAGGGCGUGCGUGACUAAUGAAGAGAGGGAACGGGAAGAUACAAAUCGGUUUAGAGAAAUAUUUAGAGAGUACGACCCUAUUGAGUAUUUGAAAUUUUAA